AUCACCACCGUCUCGUGAAUCCAGCAGACGCUCGGUUUCCUACAGGACUUUGCUGCGGUUGGACCCGGGUGAGACCGGAGUUGUGUUCCGCGUUUGAAGAAAUAUCUUUGUCUCACAUUUCGGAAGCAUCCUGUGGCGUUCUUUUGGGUUAAAAAGAGAACGAAAUCGUGACUGGAAACUCGUGCUCGUAAAACAGAAAAGUAAAGCUGCGUUUCUUCAGCCCACAUCCUCGUUCCGCAAGGAAGCGCGGGAAUUCCGCUGUGAUUGACAGCUGUGUAGGACGACCUAGCGGGGAGUGUGACAGAGGGUUAGGACUCGGGUCAGCUGAGCAGAGCUGAAAACCGCUUGUUGCUGGCAGGACCAAAAUCCAGACUGUUGCCGGGCCCGCACAGGCCAGCUCCUCGGUACCAAGUCUAACAAACCGCCGAGGAAAUUUUGCCUCAGCCACCUGAAUUCAAGCAGGCAAAAUUACCGAGAGGGUUACGUUUUCCAGGCGGGGAUACAAGCUUACAGCGCCGAGGAAUCCCAGCCCGAAGCCCCAGCGGAGUCGGGAGACAAGGUUAAUAGCCAGGGUCGCGUUCUUUCACAGGAACUGCAACAGGAAACGUCGCUGGAGCAACGGCAACAACAUCCCCAACAUUUGACGGGUUCCGUGACUCACUGAAAACUCGACACAGAGCCCGGUAACGUUUCCUCCACAUCUCGAAUACCGUCUGCGAAUCGGACGAUCGACUAGUGACGGCUGCCUAGCAACCGACUGUGUGGAGGGUCUUUAAGGAUUCUUAAAGGAGAGCCUAAGACAUACGAAGUGGAAACUAUUUCUUGAAGACGUUUGUUUCCAAGCAAGGAUUCCUUGGCGGUGAGAACGGCGCCAUCUUGACGACUCAAGACACAAGGAGUCGGAAAUAAGAAGAUAUUUUCUUCAGCUAAACGUCUUCAAGACGCAAGAUGAACUCCUCGAAGUGGUGGGGAAACCUGUGGGGCAAGUCCAAGUCCAAGAAGCAGUACAAGAAAGCUUUCUCCUCCGGAGCACCUCCCGAGACUGAAGGAGAAGACGUAGACGACGCCCAAGACGGCGGAAAACGCCGCAACGGCUCCUGGGACAACCUUGACGCCGGUGACCUUGACCUUCAGAAGGUCAGCCCGACCAACAACAAGGACGUCAGCCGGACCAUGCAGGGCAGGAUCAGGUCAAAGGUCAAUCCUCAUCUUGCAGACAGCUCGAACAAGAUCAUAAGGAAGUCGGACAGUUGUCCGUUUAGAAGGAACGUCGGGAUCUCAAACUCCGGGCGGUUUAAGGAGCACAAGUACCGCAUGGGCGUCUUCGACAGGCCGGACUUCUUUAGUGACCCCAGUAGCAACUCCUCCGAGAGACAAGACAGAGGGUCACCUAGGAUGGGUACUCGGUCGCCGAGAAGGGAAGCCAAGCUACCACCGGCUCCCCUGGUGACUGACUUGUGACGUGAGACUGUUGUUUUCUUUAGUGUGGAUUGAGAUGCUACUUAGCGGUGAGGUAGUUGAGUGGUGAACAACAAACCGAGGGAUUUAGAGGAGACUGAGAGCACCUGUCGGAUUUUACUUCUCUUCCCUGGGAAAAAAAUCGGCGCGACUUGUGACGACAGAGUUGUUGUUGUUGUCUCUUUUAUGUGGACUGAAAAGUAGUUUCGUGGUGAGUUAGCUGAUGGCAAAAAAACAAACGAUGGGAUUUGAGAAGCCACCUGUUCGAUUGUUUUCUCCCGUGGCAAAAUUGACGUAUCUACGAAUCUCAGAGCUGAAAAAAAAAAAAAAACUGACGCUCAUUUUCGCACAAAAUCCGCUGGAUAUUUUGUGUGAUUUGCUGGAAAACUUUGGACCGUGUUUCAAUAUGGAAACAAAAUUAUGGAAUGCUGGUUCUCAAUCCCGUGGUGCACCUGGUUUAGUGGAAGAUCUCGCGAGAGGUUAAAACGCGAACGAGACGUUCGAUUGUUCUGCCAUGACGUGAUGAAUGACCUUGUUGACCUGAGCUUUUACUCUUCAAGAGGACUGAAGAGGACUCUUGUCGGGUCUUUCGUACAAUGGCCUCGCAUUGUUACCAAGCUUGAUCGAACAAGUUGUCAAGACGUUGAAUGCGGAUUUGACGUGUCUUUGUAUUCAAGAAGAGGCCUUGAAAAAAAAAAGGAGAGAAGUCAACAGUGUGUGG